AUGAGCGUCAAAACGAUGAUAGGUUUCGCGACGGCGGGCUGCGCCUGUGUCAUUGUGAUGUCGCUUGUUGGCGUUUGUGUGAUAUUUAACGAUAUCAACAGUCUGUACGACGAUGUCAUGGAUGAAAUGGGCGCAUUUAGGGCAGUAGCGGAUGACACUUGGGAUAGGAUAAUAAUGCUGCAUGCUGGUCCAGGCGGUGCGCGGCACGAAACAUUUACCAGUUUAAUCAACCGGUACAAACGGCAGGUCUUUCCCCCACAUUGCCAAUGUCAAGCACCACGAGAUCUAUGCCCGCGAGGUCCACCGGGACCGCCGGGCGACAAAGGGGCCCCAGGAAUUGAUGGACCGCCUGGUGAUGACGGCAAACCUGGAGUCAGUGGUGUAUCAUUGAUAGCAACGUACGAAAUUCCUGGUGGAUGCAUUGAAUGCCCACCGGGACCACCCGGCCCAGCAGGGCCUAACGGUCCAGAAGGCGACACUGGACCAAUAGGACACCCCGGCGGUUCUGGAAAAGCAGGCAAGGGCGGGCCAGCAGGACCACAAGGACCGCAAGGCGAACCAGGCGAACCGGGACCAGAUGGCCCACCGGGACAACCAGGACCUCCAGGCAAAGAUGGCAAACGCGGUCAAGGACCACCGGGAGCCAAAGGACAGCCUGGACCAAAGGGAGCACCGGGUGAAGCAGGAGCAAGUGGACAGAAAGGCGCUGAUGGCGAGCCAGGCGAAGCGGGCCCAGCAGGAAGGAGUGGCCAGGAUGGCAAGAAAGGCGCCGAUGGACGUCCUGGACCGCCUGGAGGACCGGGAUUACCAGGACCGGAUGCUCACUACUGUCCGUGCCCGCCUCGAAGUUCAGUGUAUUUGGUGAAGACGCACUGA